AUUUAAUUUUCCUUCGUUGAGGAGACAAAAUACUGUACAUUUUUUAUCUUGUAUUUGGUGCUUCAGUAAAUAUUAAAAAUUGUGAUAGUACAGUUGAAGAGGUCUUCUUUGUUCAUUUUACUUAAAUCAUUUUUUCAUCGAACAAUAAAACUAUUCUUCAAGAAAAUGGAAAUGAAACCAUUAGUGGAUAUGACAGAACUUCAAACUAUAAGGACAUCAUCAAGCAGUAAUAGUGGAUAUUCAAUAAAUGGUUUACUUAAUUCUCUGUCCAAUAAUGCAGUGGAUCCUUUGGUUUCUUCAGCGGUAGGUUUGCUUCCAACUGCAACAACUACCGUGUCAACAUUAAUGGGCUCUUUCUCAUCAUCACCAAAAUUCACCUAUACAGACGCAGUAUUAGGAGGGCCAUCGGCCAGUUCUCUUGGUGGUGCUAGUGGGCCAAGUUCACCCCUCAGUAUUUCAACACUACCAACAGAUAUUAGGCCAACAGGUGGGCCUGUGAAAAGAAAGCAACGCCGAUACAGGACAACAUUCAGCAAUUUCCAACUGGAAGAAUUAGAAAGAGCAUUUCAUAAAACUCACUACCCAGAUGUCUUUUUCCGAGAAGAACUGGCAAUGAGAAUUGAUUUGACUGAAGCUAGAGUCCAG